CUGAAACGAAAGGAAACAACAGCGGUGGAAAAGCCUGCAAUUUAUUUAUUUAUUUAUUUAAGUCAUAAUAUUACUUUUUUUUUUUGAUGUGAAAAUGGCAAACGAUUCUCCAGUAUCAUCUCUGGAUAAAAUCGAUUUCUCUACUCUCGGGGACCCUGCAGGGAUCUUUGAACUAGUGCAGAUGGUGGGAAGCGGCUCAUUCGGUCAAGUGUUUAAGGGUGCACAUGUUAAAUCAGGACAGUCUGUGGCCAUCAAAGUCAUUAAUGCAAAGGGGGCGGCUCAGGAGGCGCUGAAGUCUGAGAUAAACCUGCUGAAGACCCAGUCUCACCAUCGCAACAUCGCCACGUAUUACGGCGCUUUCGUCAAGAAAGACACACCUCUUAUGGGAGACCAGCUGUGGUUGGUGAUGGAGUUCUGCGGCGGCGGUUCUGUCUCCGAUCUGAUUCACAGCACAAAAGAAAAGUGUUUAAUUGAGGACUGGACGGCCUUCAUCAGCGGAGAAAUCCUCAAGGGUCUUGCUCACCUCCACAAGUACAAAAUCAUCCACAGAGACAUUAAAGGGCAAAACGUGCUGCUGACUGAAUCUGCUGAAGUGAAACUGGUGGACUUCGGCGUGAGUGCGCAGUCGGACAGCACCAUAUGUAAGCAGAAUACGUUUAUCGGGACUCCAUAUUGGAUGGCACCGGAGGUCAUCGAAUGUCAGGAAAAUCCUAAUGGUUCUUACGACUGUAAGAGUGAUGUGUGGUCACUGGGCAUCACAGCCAUCGAGAUGGCAGAAGGAAAACCACCUCUGUGCGGUGUGAGCCCCAUGAAGGCGAUGCUCUCGAUAGUGCAGAAUGAAGCUCCGACACUAAGUCCGGGCAAAUGGUCAGAGAAUUUCCAGUCCUUUAUCAAGGGGUGCCUGGUGAAGGAUCACACACGGCGUCUGAGCACUAACGAGCUGCUGGUUCAUCGAUUCAUUUCCAACAUACAGAAACAGAUCCGCGGAAUCCGCCAUGAGAUUGUAGCACACAUGAACAAGCACAAAGAAGAAAAAAGGCAAGCUGAAGAAAGAAGAGAAGCUCAGCGAAUGGAAAAAGAAAAAGAGAGCAUUCUGGCCGAGUCACCUCCGAGGAAAGGGGUUCUGGGACCACGGAUGUCUAAUCAGGACGAAAGAGAGCUCAAACGCAAACUGGACGAGGAGCAUCUAAAGAGAAGGCAGUGGGAAAGAAAUAUUAUCAAGUCUGAAAUGCGGCGACAAUACAUGUUUCAACAGCAGCAGCAGCAGCAGCAGAACUCCCCAGCGUUUUAUCAUCAAGACCUGAUCACUGAUAAUCUCGCUGCGGACAAAAAGAACCUUUGCAACAACCAUCCACAUGCUCAGAAGAUUCAUCCACACUCGCCCAACCUGCAAAGGAGUCAACCGGCUUAUCCCUCACUUCCAAAAACAAAGUGCUGCUAUUCUGCUCAGCCUCCGAUGCAGCAACAGAGCAGAAGAUCACCCAGUAGCCCGAUUCCGGUGCCUCAGAUCUGCAUCUCACCGCAGAAUGAAACUGGCAUAAAACUGAGACGCCAAAGCCCAGAUUCAGCAAAUCACGACUCGAGGAAUUACAAUUCAUGGAAUGCUGAUUUGGAUCAUGAAUACAGGCGUCGCUCGGCCUCGUCCUCGCCCUGCCGAAGAGGACAACGAAGAAACUGCAAUGAUGAAAAUGGGAGCAACCUGAGAAGCAAUAUGCGGAGAUUCUCCGGCAGUCAUGAGUGCGUGAUGAACUCUGGGCAAAUUGAUUUAGCUGUGUCCGCUCCUGAAAGCUCACUUCAACACAUGAUAGGCCAUCGACAGCGCCGCGUGUAUUCUGUACCCUAUUCAAACUUCCUUGGUGUUCCUCAGUCAAAUCUCCUGCCAUCGGUGGCCUAUUUGGAGGAAAUGGAAAACAAUAAAAAAGGCAGGAGGCAUUCUUCACAUAAUGAUCUCUCAAGUGCAUGUUUGGAGGAUGACCUAGGUAGUUUAAACAUGAACAGAAAAAAUAUCCCCCACUCAAGAUCCACAAGUGGCCAGGACUUGAUAUGGGCUAUACAGGAUUUGCCACAGAAAAACAAGCAUGGUUUUGUUAAUUCAGUGAAGUCCGUUAUUAGAAGCCUGGGGCUUUCACCUCGUGGAUCACCACGUCAAAGUCCAGGUUCCUCCAGAUCUGCCUCUCCAAGCCUCAGCCCUACACCUUCCACUCCCAGCGAUUCCCCCUUCAGUCCCCCUGUAGAAUGGCCUAUUAGACCUUAUUAAGCACACACACUUCCCCUUGGUUUCUGUGUAAAUAACUUUUUGCUGAACUUUUUUUCCGGGCUACAUUGACAUUGACACUUGGAUGUAGGUACCUGAUAGCAUCUUUUGUUAAAAAAAAAAAAAAAGAGAGAGAGAGAGAGAAGAAAAAGAAAAAAAAAAGCAUCAAAUGGCCUUAUUUAUUUGUUGGCCUAGCCAAAGUUUUUGUAAUUUUUUUUUACUUAGACUGAUCUAGAUACUUUCAUACAUUUUUCUUAAUAAGUCAUUCCCAGAAUGCUAACAUCAUUGCUAAGCUUCACCACAGCCAAGUGCUAAUUUUUUCACUUUCUAACUUUUUAUCACAAUUUAUACUGUUAUCAGUGUAUCAUGUACGUAUUACUGUUAGCAUUUGAUGAUCAGUUUUGUGUUUUUUUUAAUAUAAUUAUUACUCUUUCAGAAGUAGGCAUACAGCUACAGUAUAUCAGUCAAAACAGAACUGGAUUUGGGGUUAUGUUGAUUUAGUCUUUUUAUUUUUUAGUACUAUUCUGAAUAUAGCACUUUUAGUUUUCCAAAGAUAUCUAUCAGGGGAGCAAUAUGUACAAUUCAUUAUAUGUUUUUUAUUAUUUUUUAUUAUUUUUAAGUUUAGUACCACCUUUGUCUUACCUUUUAAAAAACAACAACUAACUGUGAAUUUGUAUUUUGACCAUGAAACUGUAUUAUUGACAUAUUGACAUACAUUGUGC